GGCGUUUGCCUACUGCUCUGACCGUAGUGUUUGGAUAAAACGCGCGUGUAAGAUUUGAGCGCGCGUGGAAGCUAGCGAGGGGCGGUUGGCUUGACUGUCGCUUCUCUUCUUCAAAGGAGGCCUGGCCCACUUGACCGCAGCACAGCGGGCGAGCACGCAGAAAGACACCACGCUAACUUCUUUAGGUUUUGGCCUAAAUUAUCUCGCCCUGCGUGGGAGUUGGACUUUAGCGGAACUGCAGAGGAAAGUUCGGUUUUCAUCACCGUCCGGAACCACAAAACGUUCAGGGAACAUGGAGCCAUCAGAGGAGCCAGGACCAGAGCUGGGGCCUACAGAUGUGAACCCAGUGUUUCUGCAGCAGCUCAGGGAGCUGGAUAUCCCUGAAGAAGCAGCCAAGCAGGCCCUCCUGCAGACGGGGAACGUCUCUGCUGAGGAGGCCGCCAUGUACUACUUCAACAAGCUGGAGAAUGAGGAGGAAGUUGGGGAUGACCUGCAGUUCAAGAUGGUGUUUGUUGUCAACAUGGACCUGGGGAUGGGAAUUGGAAAGGUAGCCGCUCAGGUGGGUCAUGCUGCCGUGGGUUUGUACCAGACUCUGCAGGAGAAGAACAGCUGGAGGGAGAUGGCCUGGAAGUGGGACCACAGUGGAGCGAAGAAGGUGGUGCUCCAAGGCACAAAUGCUGCUCACCUCAUGGAGCUGCAGGCUCUGGCCAGCAGCCUCAGCCUGCCCACGCACCUGGUUCAAGAUGCAGGUCAUACCCAGGUGGCGUCUGGCUCCCGCACCGUCUUAGGCAUCAUGGGGGAAGAACAGAUGGUGAACAAUGUCACCGGUAGUCUGCAGCUGCUCUGAGGACCCCGGCAGAGUCCUCACAGACUCUGAAGAACCGCACACAGCAGUCAGCAGAGGGCACCGUCUACCACAAGCAAGAAGACUGUUACCUUGUAUGUUUGGAACAGUCCAGAAUGAUGGUGAUAAAACGCACCCGAGAUGAGACCACAAGCUCUUAGCUUGGUUUCUUUUUCAGUCUCGACUCACCUUGCUUCUCCCUCCCCCUGACAUCUAGAGAUCUGUCUGAGCAAAAUGACCCUUAACCAUCAUAGUUCCUUAAAUAUUCAGACUGGGUUUAGGUAACGGAGCUGUAAACAUCAAAAUACUGUUCUGAUGCCUCUGAAGACAUGCAACACCUUAAUGCUUACACUUAUUUUAAAGCUUUACGCUUGUGUUGUAAAAGUGAUCAUGUUGCACCAAAUGAAUCCUGUUAUCUGUGGCAUGGUGACCAGCUGAUGAUCAAAAUAGCAUCUCUACGGAAGAGAUUGUAAAGGCCACAAUUCCUUGUUGAUCUCUGUAGAAGGGUCAUUCUAUACAGAAGCUGUGAAAAAUGACUCUUCUCUAGCCACAUUAUAAAUUCAUUUUGAGUAUUCCUUGUGGAUUUACCUGGGUGUACAUUCUCAAAUAUUAGGUGUGUGUGUCAGAUGUUUCAUUUCUGUUGAUUCCAUUGCAUACAAACAAAUGUAUUUUCUUAAAAUGAACACACAGCUGUUUUGGAACUAAUCUGGAAAUAUUUUUAUUUCUAAAGUUGUAUCUAAAAUGGUAUCAAGCGUCUUGUUUGUUUGUUUGUUGCAAUGAAGGAUAAAUGUGUUCAAAAAAGCUGUCUCACUGAAUUGAAAAAUCCCCAAAUGUUUAGCCUGUACAAAUAAAAGCAAGCAUAAGCGUGUUUUCCUCAAUUAUCUUUAUUUUCUUUAAACACUUGUGGUUUUUGAACAUUUAUAAACUGUCAGUGUUUGAGAGUGAGCAUAUUCCUUCAGAAUUUAGCUGUUUUAAAAUGCUGAAAAAAAAAAACCUAAAUCCUAACUGUGCAUGUAGUACUAAAUAUAAUCUUUGUGUGAAAUAAUUCUUACCCUGUCUUGUGUUACAAUAUUCCACUCAAGUAAAAAAUAAAGCAGCAGUAUGGGUAA